CUGUAGCGCCCUUUUUAUACAACACUGUUGCCUUCUCUUAUAGUCUUAUUUUCCCUCUCUUAAAGCCUUGCAAAUUCACCAACAAUACUCCAAGCUUGUCUUUCUUUUAACCAAGUCUUGUCUUUCACGUUGCUUCUUCACCUUUUCACGUUUCAACUUCGGGAUAUCUGUAAUGGAGAUGGAAUCUGAUCAUCCAGAUUAUAAUGGCAAGUCCACUGAAGAAACAUCUCUUCAUGAGUUAUCUCCUCCAGAUUCUCCUCAUAAAAGUGACUUAUUUGGAGAUCAGCAGGUGAAUCCCCGAAUUGGAGAUGAGUUCCAAGUGAAUAUUCCUCCCAUGAUAACAGGAACCGAGUAUAUUCAGCUUUUAAUGAACCCUACUGAUUCAAAUGUCAUGUUUGAUGUUUCUCAUUCUUUUCUAAUGGGUUUGCCCAUCCCCAUUGCAUGGCUUCAUGAUGAAAUAGAUAAUAUUGAUGAUGCUGCUCGUACAGAUGUGUCCUUCAAAUGUAAAAAGAGGAAAAAGGGUCAAAUUAAUAUAGGGAGGAGAGGUCCAAAACUCGAUGCUUCAGAGUUGUGUGUAAGAUUGAAAGCCAGAAAAGAAUGAAAACCAGAAAACUUAGAAGCAAAGAUUGCAGGAAGAACUAACUUGGAUAGGCUUUGUAAAUGCACAAGUUAUUCUCCAGUUCCUGGUUUGCUAGGAGACUUUUGGAGCGAUGCUGAAAAGGAAAUUUUUCUUUUUGGUUUAUAUAUAUUUGGGAAAAACAUUUUUUCAGAUAAAAAAAUUCAUGGAGACCAAAGAGAUGGGG